CGGGCUGCGCUGCGCUGCUAGUCCGGAGCGGAGCCUGGCAGCGGCAGGAUCGGCGGCGCGGGGUGCGCAGCAGCCGGAGCCUGCUGGACGGAGGCAGCCCCGUCCCCCCGCCCUCCCUCCCCUCGCCUCUUUCUUUGUGCGCAGGGCAGGGGCGGCCCCGAUCCAUGGUCAUGGGCGACAAGAAGAGCCCGACCAGGCCGAAAAGGCAAGCCAAACCUGCAGCCGACGAAGGCUUUUGGGAUUGUAGCGUGUGCACCUUCAGGAACAGCGCCGAAGCCUUCAAAUGCAGCAUCUGCGAUGUCAGGAAAGGCACCUCCACAAGAAAACCUAGAAUAAACUCUCAGUUGGUGGCACAACAAGUUGCCCAGCAAUAUGCAACCCCACCACCACCUAAGAAGGAGAAGAAGGAGAAAGUGGAAAAACAAGACAAAGAAAAACCUGACAAAGAGAAGGAGAUUAGUCCAAGUGUUACAAAGAAGAACACUAACAAGAAGACUAAACCAAAGUCGGAUAUUGUGAAAGAUCCUCCUAGUGAAGCAAACAGCAUACAGUCUGGGAAUACUACAACAAAGACCAGCGACUCAAAUCACACUUCAAGACCUAGACUGAAAAAUGUGGACAGAAGUACUGCACAGCAGCUGGCAGUCACAGUGGGAAAUGUCACAGUAAUUAUCACAGACUUUAAAGAAAAGACUCGCUCUUCAUCCACAUCAUCUUCUACAGUGACCUCCAGUGCAGGAUCAGAACAACAGAAUCAGAGCAGCUCGGGCUCUGAGAGCACAGACAAGGGCUCGUCCCGUUCCUCCACGCCCAAGGGGGACAUGUCGGCAGUCAACGACGAAUCUUUCUGAAAAAUUGCACAUGGAGUUGUGGAAACUAUGAAUCAGGGUAUGAAAUUCAAACACUCCACCUGCCCACGCUGUUCAAAUCCUGGAGAGCCUCUUCUGUGCUUGAACACACUUUCUCGGACAUCGACCUCUUACUGAUGCAACCAGGAGAAUUUCUGCUUGCCGUGGGCAUCUGGCCACCAAGGAAUUUCUCACCCUAGCGAUUACUCUUGACACUUUUAUGUAUUCCAUUGUUUUAUAUGAUUUUCCUAACAAUCAUUUAUAAUUGGAUGUGCUCCUGAAUCUACUUUUUUAUAAUAUCUGCUGUGCACAAUUUUCCAUGAACAUGACAACUUUUUGUUUUGGG